GAACGCCUCGACCCCACUCGGUUCAUAAUUCUGGUAUCCUCCUAACCCUCGCACACCCGCCCCACCACCGCGCACGUAGAAGGCACUGCCUGUCUCUCACCAUGGCGUUCCUUCGCGGCGUGUCCGAUCGCAUCUGGAACUAUGUGAGCCCUCGCAAGACCCAGCAACGGCGCGACAAGCCCUUCGCCUUCAAAAAGCCUGCAGUCCCCACUCGACCGGCAAAUGCGCCAGCCACCCCGCCAUCGAGAGAGAUGAGUCCAGAGGCGCGUGUCAAGACUUGGGACCCUGAAGCACCAAGCCCUCAAUGCGACAUUGAUGCGACUCUUUUGCCUCCCUCUCCACCCGCCUCAGCCAUGCUUUCGGACGACCUGGAAGGCGAUACGCUGGUACCUCUGUCGCCCAUUGAACCAGGUGAGAAGGCGGAGGAGGGGUCUUCUGCAGAUGAGUGGGAUGCGAACGAGGAGACCAUGGUAGUGGACGACGGAACUUACAUGACCGAGCAAAAGAAGAUCAAUGUCGAAAACGAGCGCAAGAAACGAGAUCACCAGGGCCGUGAAUUGCGCGAUUCUGGCUGGUCCGAGGACGCAGUCUUCCUGUUCCAGAAGCUGGGGAUGCGUGGCUUUGAGCCAUUGCUUCCCAUCUCAUGGAUUCAUGAUUUCGAAACUGUACCCGAAGAUCUGUUUACCGAAAAACUUGACAAGGCCUUCAUCAAGCCUGCGUUUGGCACAGACUACGCCGCACAAUAUGCUCUCGAUAAGCUUUUCGAUCUUGGAGGUUUUGUGCGAGAUGCCUGGCACACGCGAGCAAGACGAACUCCGGCGUUCCAGAUCGGCAAGGCUGUGAAAGCCUACACCAAAUGGGCGAUGAAAGACGGCAAAGUUGGACAGCUCUGGUCUCAGCUUCCAUUGUUCCAGACCGUCACUUUCUCCCGCCAUGUACACCCAAGUGUCGGUGAAGAGAAAAUGCUUGAAAAGCUCGGUCGCCUGCACGAACUAUGGCACGAUGCUUUGAAGAUAGACGAAGCCGAGCAACGCGGGGACUGUGAUAUUCCAGAAGUGCCCACAUUGUAUGGCAUCACGGCAUCGCAUUCCGUAAUGGCAUUCGUCAGCUACACUCCAGCGAAAGAAGAGAGGGACCAACCCCAGCUUCGAUUGAUCGCCAUGUUUGAUUUCAACAAGGAGGGGUAUGAUGUCUGGAACUCCCUUGCCAUUGCCAUUUUUGUCAUUCACUGCAGAAAUAGGAUGAUGCAGCUGAGGGAGUGCGUCCCGGAACCGGAAAUCAUGACUGAGGAAGAUCCCGAUCUCUGAGCUACGAACACGAUAUGAAAACACACAAAAAAACCCGGAAACAAGAAGACAUGAAGAUUGAUACGAAGAGAUGGAACAAAUAAUGAAACAAAUAUGGAUAAUGGAC